ACAAACAUUUCAUUUUCAAAACCUUCCAUUUUCCCUUUUCAUUUUAUUUUUUUUACUCUUUGCCUCACACCCACUUCCAAAAUUUAUAAAUAUUUUAAAUAUUUUGGGAAAGAGUAUAUGUCGCUUUUUAUCAAAUGGCCCCUUUCGUACUGCCCGCACUUGAAUCUGUCCUUCCUCACAUACUCCUCCACCAUAUGUCAUCUGCAUUAGAUAGAGAAAGACACUCUCCUUCUCAAAUUACCUUAAUGCCCUCCUCAUUUCAACGUAUUUUUUCCGUCCUUACCUGUCCUUCUCCGUACGGAUUGUUUUCUCCCUCAUGUAACCCAAAAAUACCCCCCCCCUUUUUUUCAUCUACCAUGCUGUUAACUAUUAAGCACUAACUAUUACAUUACCCUUCUUAUUUAAUAAUUAUCUAUUACAGUUUUGGCUAUGUUAUAAUAAUUAAUAUUUGAAUUUUGUUUCUAAUUUUUAAUUAUUAUGAUUAACAUUUUUGUUAAUUAUUUGAUUCUGAUGCUCCUGACCUAACUUGUGUAAUUGUCAAGGAGAAAUAGGGUUAAUUUUGUCUUUGCAGACGGGGAUACAAACAAAUGAACAAUACUAGAAAGAAGACAACGAUGGCAUUUUGGUCCUUGUGUUUCUCUUCAUCUUCCUCAGUCCGUCCUCUCUCUCUCAUAAAUUUCGAAAAACCAAACACUGCUCAAUAAUCUCUCAUUAACCGUUAUUUCCACACUGCUCAAACCAACAACAACAGAUACAGAAGAAACUUUACCUUGUUCUUCUCCGCAGAGUCACAAGCGAAUAACGAUGAAGAAGCAAAAGUGCUUAGAGACGCAAAACAAAAACCCGUUCGAGUUUCUAACGGAGGAGUUAAUAUUCACCAUCCUCGACUAUCUACAAACGGACCCGUUAGAUAAAAAGUCUUUCUCCCUCACGUGUAAGUGGUUCUACGCCGUUGAAGCCAAACACCGUCGAUCGUUGAGGCCGUUACGGGCAGAGCACCUGCCAGCUAUCGUUGCCCGCUAUCCCUCAGUCACCGACCUCGAUCUUUCCCUCUGCCCGCGCGUGCCCGAUGCCUCCCUCGCCCUCGUCGCCGGCGCGUACCGCAACACGCUCCGCCGACUUGACUUGUCGCGAUCGCGGUUCUUCACCGGGAAAGGGUUGCUGAGCGUCGGAGUGAACUGCUGCAACCUGGUAGAGCUUGACCUGUCUAACGCGACGGAGCUGAGGGACGCUGCGGCGGCGGCGGUGGCGCGUGCGAGGAACUUGCAGAAGCUGUGGCUGGCCAGGUGCAAGUUGAUUACGGACAUGGGGAUUGGGUGUAUUGCGGUGGGAUGUAGGAAAUUGAGGUUGAUUUGCUUGAAGUGGUGUGUGGGGAUUGGAUAUUUGGGUGUGGAUUUGGUUGCAAUCAAGUGCAAGGAGCUUCGCUCUUUGGAUCUCUCUUAUUUGCCUAUCACGGAGAAAUGUCUGUCGUCAAUCUUCAAAUUGCAGCAUCUUGAAGAUUUGGUCAUUGAAGGAUGCUUUGGCAUUGAUGACGACAGCCUCGAUGUCGAACUCUUCAAACAAGGGUGUAGGACGUUGAAGAAACUUGAUAUCUCAGGUUGUCAAAACCUAAGUCACAUUGGGCUGUCAAAGCUAACAAGCAUUUCUGGAUGUGUAGAGCAACUUGUUCUAUCAGAUGGUUCUCCUGUGACUCUUGCACUUGUUGAUGGUUUGAAUAAACUUUCCAUGUUGAAAUCAAUCAUAUUGGAUGGCUGCACUGUUACUUCUGAUGGAUUAAGGGCCAUUGGAAAUUUGUGCAUUUCACUCAGGGAGCUUAGUCUGAGCAAAUGUUUGGGGGUGACAGAUGAAGCUCUCUCUUUCCUUGUGUCAAAACACAAAGAUUUAAGGAAGGUUGACAUCACAUGCUGCCGCAAGAUAACUGAUGUUUCCAUUGCUGGCAUUGCAAAUUCCUGCACAAGUCUCACUUCGCUCAAAAUGGAGUCAUGCACACUAGUUCCACCAGAAGCAUUUGUCUUGAUUGGACAAAAAUGCCAUUUUCUUGAGGAGCUUGACCUAACAGAUAAUGAAAUUGACGAUGAAGGUCUUAAGUCCAUCUCUUCUUGUUCACGACUCUCCAGUUUGAAAGUAGGAAUCUGCCUGAAUAUAACUGACAGAGGACUUGCCUAUGUUGGCAUGCGUUGCUCAAAGUUAAAGGAGCUAGAUCUAUAUAGGUCUACAGGAGUAACAGAUUUGGGCAUUUCAGCAAUUGCUCAUGGAUGCCCUGGCCUUGAGAUGAUAAAUACAUCUUAUUGCACUAGUAUCACUGACAGGGCACUACUCUCAUUGUCGAAAUGUUCAACUUUGAAGACCCUUGAAAUUCGUGGAUGUCUUCUUGUUACAUCAAUCGGUGUGGCAGCUAUUGCAAUGAAUUGCAAACAGCUAAGCCGUCUAGACAUAAAAAAGUGUUAUAACAUUGAUGAUAGUGGUAUGCUUCCACUAGCUCAUUUCUCCCAAAAUCUAAGACAGAUAAAUUUGUCAUAUAGCUCGGUUACAGAUGUGGGGCUGCUUUCACUUGCUAGUAUCAGUUGCCUUCAAAGCUUUACUGUGCUUCAUCUGCAGGGCUUGGUUCCUGGAGGACUGGCUGCUGCCUUAUUAGCUUGUGGAGGGCUCACAAAAGUGAAGCUCCAUCUUUCACUAAGAUCUCUGUUACCUGAGCUGCUUAUCAGACAUGUAGAAGCACGUGGAUGUGUGUUUGAAUGGAGAGACAAAGAGUUUCAGGCUGAAUUGGACCCGAAGUGUUGGAAAUUACAGUUGGAAGAUCUGAUGCAAUAGGAUUUUCUCAGGUUGUUUGAAGUUGAUAGCUUGCCUUGGCAUAUGAAACAGUAGUUAGUGAUGAAUCUUGCAUGGCUCAGAUAAUAAAUACAUCUGCAGUCAUCCAUUUUCCACUUCUCUACCCUGCCCACCUACAAACACUAAAGGAAAGAAAACAAGAAAUGAAAGAAGAAAGUAGUAUGGAAGAUGUUAGAAGUAUUUUGUUUAGUCCAUUGGGAUGGAGGCGAUCAAUUAUUCUUCCGUAAGUCCCACCAACUAGAAGCUUAGUUUUGGACUGUCACAACUCACAAGUAACUCCUUUGUCCUUGGUAUAGAACUUUGAAGCAGGGGCAAUCGCUCUUUUUUGCUGUGAAAAGCAGAGUGUAUAGAUAGUAAGAAGAUUGGUAAAUCUCUUUUUUGGGUCUGCGAAAAGCAGUGAACCCGGGAUAAUCAAGUGUAUAAAAACCUUUGUAACCUUUUUUAUUUAAUUUUUUGGAGCCCGGGAUAAUCAAGCAGGGGCAAUUAAAUGUAUAAAAGCAUUGUAACCACUUUUGUUAACUCCCUUUUUAUUUUUCUAUAAGGUCCCUGGUCCUUGGAAAGGCAAAGGUGAUUGGUGUGUAAAACUUAUUUUAUUUUUUUAUUUUUGUCCAAUUGGAUCUUUUCAGAGGCAUCAAGAAUGGAAGAUCUUUCAAAAUAUUUUUGC